AUGGAAGAGGCAGGAAAAUGGAAGCAAUUUAGUUUGUAUUCUUCGAAAAAGCUGUUGACAGAGUCCACUAACAGAUACACGAAAAAGGAAAAUCACUUACGUCAAGGAUUAUAUUUUAAGAAUCGAAGUGCCGAGCUCAGGUGUAGCAAACCUCAACCGACUGAGCAUACAUCUAACAAAGGUAAGUUUCUUUGAAAGUUGAAUCUGUAAGAAUUACUCAAGGUUUUGGUGUUCAUUCUAUACUCAUUGACAGAACACUGUUGAACUGAAAAAGGCUAAUGCCGUAUUUCCUCUCCCAACCCAUUCCCGGCCCAUUCCCAGUGACCUGAGUGGCCAAAACAAACGUAAAUGGUUUCAUCGCGCGUCAAACGGUUGAAAGAAACGUAGAAUUAAAAGGAAAACUGGUGGUUACGAUCUAGAAAUUAGCCAAUUGGUUUAAAUGGACAAAAAGAAAUAAUGCAAGAUUCAUUUUUCAGGAUUUUAAUGAAGUGCUCCAGCGUUUGAAUAAUCUUUAAAGUGGUAGAUAAAAGUAAAAAGGUGGGCCUUGGUCUGGUGGCUGGUGUUAAAGACCGUUUACUGGAUGUAUAACUCAGUGAGGUUAUAGAACAGUCGAAUGUUAAGCUUUAACGUUUAAUCGCCGGGCGAUUGAAUUUCAAUUGAGUUUGCACUCCAGACAAACUACCAUUUAGAUCAGCUGUAAAUGAUGAGGCCGGGGCUGGAAGAGAAGCCAGGGGAGUACACUGAUCCCAUCAGUUCCCAGCGUAGAUUUUGUUUGGGUCCCUCUGAUCCGUUUUCACUGAUCAGGGAUGCAAUCCCAUUUCCCAGGGCAUGUCAGUGUUCAACCAAGCCUCAGUCCCCAACCAACUCAAACCCUUGAUUCAAGUAAUUCAAUAAAAAAAGCCCGUUUUAACAAUCUAUUCAGGUUCCAAUGAACGCAUUUUGUAGUUAUGUCUUCUUUAUUUUUAUACUCCUAUAUUGUUUUACGUUAUUCUUCAACAGUUACAUGAUGAAGCUGCAACUGGCGGCCUUGAUUCUGUUAGUCACUAGUCUUGUGAUAACGGAAGCAUACUUUCUUCGUCUCCACAACCACAUGCCUGCUAAUUCCCGCAAACGAGAAUCGAUUUUGGAAAAGAAAAGAAUUUCAGAUAGCAAGUUUGAAGGUAAGUUUACUGUCAAGAUUAGCGCUAUUAGGGGGAUCGAGAAACCUAAAAAAACCAUGGUACUGACAUCCGCCGGAGUCACUAGAGAUGAUGCAUGUAACGGAUACCAGGAGUAUGAAAUAUAUACCGGCAGUGAUUUCCAGCAAUAACAAUUUCCUGUCUGACUCCCUUAAUAGCCCGAGAAGCCAGCGAACAAUAUUCCCACCGUGCUACAAUUAGCCUAUUUUCACAGGUUAUUAAUAAAUUAUUGUCAAAAAAGAAAAACAAAAGAGUAGAGAAGAGGAAAUGGUUCAUUUACACUUUUUUUACCACCAAUUGUUUAUAUAUACAUGAUAAUCAAAGUGAUGGCCAAAGUACUAAAACUGAAAGAAAACUCUCUAUCAGAGAAAAAUGAAAGUGUCAAGAAUUGAUCACGAAGUAUUAAUUGAUGACGACACUAGUUUUAGGUCCAAUGUGGUGAUCCGAACCAGGCAAAGAUUCAACCUUUUCUAAGACAAAUGCACUAGGGCGUACCUUUCUGAAUAUUGGUCCUAGCGGCCAUCCCAGGCAUGACCUUCUUAAUCAAAAUUCUUGGGUUUUUCGACAGUGGGUUGAAACUACUAAAAUUAAUGCCGUGAUUAAAGUUUACGAGGAGCAGAUAGCUAGCAGAAAGGAAUCGUUCUGUGUAUUUUGAUUUUCGAUGUCAGAAAUUUCAGCGAAUUCUAGUGAAUAUAGUUAUCAAACUGUAUUUUUAAAAUCUAAAAACUUAUUUUUUCUACCAGGAGAAAUAAACAAGAGAUUGUGGCCAUGGAAGGCGUCAAAGGACGAAACCUGGAUACGGAAAUCGGUUAACGACAACAACUGGCCUUGGACCUAA